CCUUAAUAACCUAUAACAAGCCACAGCGCGGAACCGCAUGGCGCGUGUGAAGGUGCAUAUAUACCGUACAAUCACUCUCGCGGCGAAUGCGGCUUCUCAGGCGUGGUUUGCAUUAUAUCGCACGUAGAGUUGCGGUGCACCGCGUGUCCAGCGACGUUCCACUAACAAAACCAUCUGUCAGAAGUGUCGCGGCCACUGCCAGUCUUCUCGAUUUCAGCCGGUGGGGCACGAAGAAGACGAACAGGAACCUGAAGAUCGCCCUCGCGCUUGACAUGACGGAUCCUAAAAUCGAGGAAGUCCUAGCGCCGCUCCGAGCGAGCGUUAAGGAACAAGGUGACUAUGUACGGAAGCUGAAAACUGAAGGUGCUCCAGAAUUAGACAUCAAAAAAGCUGUAGCCGAGCUGAAGCUGCGCAAAAAAAUACUAGAAGACAAAGAGUUGUCUCUAGCUUCCAGCAAUGUAACAUUUGAUAGAGCCAGAAUGGAAGAUCUUUUGAAACGUAGAUUUUUUUUAGAUCAGUCUUUUGCGAUUUAUGGUGGUAUUACUGGUCAGUAUGACUUUGGACCCAUGGGUUGCUCCUUGAAGACAAAUCUGAUAAACGCCUGGAGAAAUUUCUUUGUACUGGAAGAACAGAUGUUGGAAGUCGAUUGCUCCAUUUUGACACCUGAGCCGGUGCUAAAAGCAUCUGGCCACGUGGAGCGAUUCGCUGAUCUGAUGGUGAAGGAUGUGAAGACUGGCGAGUGCUUCCGGCUGGAUCACUUGAUUAAAGCGCACCUAGAGAAAGUAAUUUGUGAUAAGAAAACAAAUGACAAAACGCGCGAGGAAUGCAGGGACAUCAUCAUCAAGCUAGAUGGUAUGACGAAGGACGAGAUGGCCGCAGUGUUAUUGAAAUACAAUAUGAAAUCGCCGGUUUCUAGUAACGAUUUGACAGAACCGAUAGAAUUCAAUUUGAUGUUUGGUACUCAAAUUGGUCCAACAGGGCUCGUCAAAGGCUUCUUGAGACCAGAAACGGCCCAAGGUAUCUUUGUGAACUUCAAACGAUUAUUGGCAUUCAAUCAGGAGCGACUACCGUUUGCUGCGGCGCAGAUCGGUAACGCUUUCAGAAAUGAGAUUUCGCCACGAUCAGGACUUAUACGCGUCCGAGAAUUCACCAUGGCAGAAAUCGAGCAUUUCUGCGACCCGAGCGACAAAAGUCAUCCGAAGUUCGAGACAGUCAAAGACGUGGAUAUGCUGUUGUAUUCAGCUUGCAAUCAAAUGGACGGAAAAAGUGCGCAGCGUCUCACCAUAGGCGAGGCCGUCUCGUCUGGCUUGGUGGCGAACGAGACGCUGGGCUACUUCAUGGCCAGGAUCCAUCAGUUCCUAUUGAAAAUCGGCAUCGAUUCGAACCGUCUACGUUUCCGCCAACAUAUGAGUAACGAAAUGGCACAUUACGCCUGUGACUGCUGGGACGCUGAGUGUCUUACUUCUUACGGAUGGAUUGAAUGCGUAGGAUGCGCCGAUCGGUCGGCCUAUGAUUUAACGCAGCAUACUAAGGCGACCGGCGUGAAAUUGGUAGCUGAGAAGAAACUGCCCGCUCCAAAAACGGUAGAUGUUUGCGAGAUUAUGCCGAACAAGGUGUUGAUCGGUAAAACAUUUAAAAAGGAUAGCAAAGUUGUGCAAGAUGCAUUAGCAGCUUUAAACAAGAAGGAGAUUGAGUCCUUAGAGAGAGUUCUCAACGAGAAGGGAGAAUAUGAACUGACACUGCCUAACAACGUCGUUGUGAAGAUCACCAAAGACAUGAUAGAAGUAAAGCGUUAUCAGAAAAUUGUUCACGUGGAAGAGAUUACACCUUCGGUUAUUGAACCUUCUUUUGGUAUCGGUCGUAUCAUGCAUGCUCUGUUUGAACAUAAUUUCCAGGCAAGAGAAGGUGAUGAGAAGAGAACGUAUUUCUCCUUACCUCCGGUUGUAGCACCAUUGAAAUGUUCGGUGUUACCACUCAGUGGCAAUGACGAAUUUGUGCCAUUCGUGAAAAAGUUAUCGCAAGAUCUUACAAAGGCAGACGUUUCGCACAAAGUGGAUGACUCUUCUGGUAGCAUAGGACGCAGAUAUGCUCGUACCGACGAAAUAGCGAUACCAUUCGGUAUUACCAUUGACUUUGACACUUUGAAGAUGCCGCACAGUGCAACUCUUAGAGACAGAGACAGCAUGGGACAAGUUAGGAUAAAUUUGGACGAAUUGCCCAGUGUUAUGAGGGAUCUUUCCUAUGGAAGGACUACUUGGACGGAAGUGGAAACAAAGUAUCCCAAGUUUGAACAACAAGAAUCAACAGAACCAUAGAAAAUUAGAGACUUGGGAAAUAGGCUUGGGAAAUAAUUUAUUUGUACUGUAUAUAGAACUCUGUAUUUUGAAUGGUUAUAUACAGAAUUUUUAUAUAUUUAGCACAUCAAGAGAAUAUACUUGCAAUUUUUUGAA